UCCCAGCACUCCUCCAUACCACCUCGCUUCUUCUGCAUUUUAAUACCCUGGACCUCAGCAUCCAUCACUCGGCCUCCUCCGGACAUACAUAAUUUCACAGGCUCCGCUUGAGCCAUGAGCACCGGAGGCAGCGCCGUUGUUGUGCUACUGGCGGCGUUCCUCUGCCUGAUUUUUGGCCAUGUGAGCCGGAAGAAAAAAGCAUCAGUUGCAGGGGAAGAUGAACCGGUGAAGCGGCGGCUGCCUCCGGGUUCGUUGGGGUGGCCUUACAUUGGAGAGACAUUGCAACUGUACUCAAACAAAAACCCCAACAGCUUCUUCGCGGAGAAGCAGAGGAGGUACGGGGAGGUUUUCAAAACCCACAUACUUGGAUGCCACUGCGUGAUGAUGUCAAGCCCGGAGGCUGCGAGAUUCGUGCUGGUGACAAAGGCUCACCUCUUCAAGCCAACCUUCCCUGCCAGCAAGGAGCGUAUGCUGGGUCCUAUGGCCAUCUUCUUCCAGCGAGGCGACUACCACGCCAGCCUCCGCCGCCUCCUGCUCCGCGCAUUCAUGCCCGCCGCCAUCCAAUCAAAGGUCUCUUCCAUCGAGGACUUCGCCCUGGGCGUCCUCUCCUCCUUGGAAGGCCGCAGCUUCAUCAACACCUACCAGGAGAUGAAGACGUACGCGUUGAAUGUAGCGCUGCUUUCCAUAUUUGGAAAGGAAGGGGAAUCCUACAUAGACGAGCUGAAGCAGUGCUACUACACCCUAGAGAGAGGGUACAACUCCAUGCCCAUCAACCUUCCCGGGACUCUGUUCCACAAGUCUAUGAAGGCCAGGCGCCAGGUCGGUCUCCUCGUGGCCAGGAUCAUCUCCUGCAGGAGGAGGAUGCAACAAAGACUAAGAGGAGGAGCUGUAACUGCGGUUCAUCACCAACAAAAUCAUGAAUCCGAUGAGGCCGACGACCUUCUGGCAUCCUUCAUGGAUGAAAAAGAGUCCCUAACCGACGACCAGAUCACCGACAACAUCAUCGGGGUCAUCUUCGCAGCCCGCGACACCACCGCCAGCGUCCUCACUUGGAUACUCAAGUACCUGGCGGAGAACCCCAGCGUCCUCCAACUCGUCACGGAAGAGCAAGAGGAGAUUCAAAGGUGCAAGGAGGUGGUGAUGGGAGAUGAAGAGAAGAGGGGCUUGAAUUGGAGGGAUACCAAGAAGAUGCCCGUCACUUGCAGGGUCAUUCAGGAGACCAUGAGGCUCGCUACAAUUCUGUCUUUCACCUUUAGGGAAGCCGUCCAGGAUGUUCACUACCAAGGGUAUCUCAUACCCAAGGGUUGGAAAGUUCUGCCCCUCUUUCGAAACAUUCACCAUGACCCAGACAAUUUUCCAGACCCAGACAAGUUUGACCCUUCCAGAUUUGAGAUUCCACCGAAGCCGAGCACGUUCAUGCCUUUUGGAAACGGGACCCAUGCGUGCCCUGGAAAUGAGCUGGCGAAGCUGGAGAUCUUAGUUCUCCUCCAUCACCUCACCACAAAGUACAGGUGGGCCCUUUGUGGACCGGAAAGUGGCGUUCAGUUUGGCCCCUUCGCCUUGCCAAUGAACGGAUUGCCCAUAACCAUCCUUCCCAAAAAAUGAAUUAAAUCAGAGGUGAACGUACAGUUACUUUUCUUGAUUUCCAUUCAAGUUUGGCGGUUCAUGCAGGAGGAUCACGUACAGUAGAUGCAUGCAGAUGCAUCCAUGUAUAGCAGUUUGAAGAUCCAUGCGGCAGCUCAUCAUGCAGUCCCUCAUCACCUUUCAAAAUAUACUUGACUCUGCUGCCCAUUUCCUUUUUCCUAUAUGCCAAUAUGUAUUUCAAGAGCAAGCUUAAUCA